GGCUUGCUUGCUUCCUUGGUGCCCAAAGCUACAAGGGGAGGGUCGGACGAGGGCUUCGCUCGCUCUUCCGGUCUUUUGCUUCAACGAUCCAUGGCGGCUGCGACGGCGAUGGCGGAGGAUCCCAACUUCGAGGACGACCAGCUAUCCUCCAUGACCACCGACGACGUCAUCAGGGCCUCUCGCCUGCUCGACAACGAGAUCCGCAUCCUCAAGGAUGAGUUGCAGAGGGCGAAUCUCGAACUGGAGUCCUUCAAGGAGAAAAUCAAGGAGAAUCAGGAGAAGAUUAAACUCAACAAGCAGCUGCCCUACCUUGUGGGGAACAUCGUUGAGAUUUUGGAAAUGAAUCCAGAAGAAGAGGGCGAGGAAGAUGGUGCCAAUAUUGAUCUGGAUUCUCAAAGGAAGGGCAAAUGUGUUGUCUUAAAAACUUCGACACGACAAACUAUCUUUCUUCCUGUUGUUGGAUUAGUGGACCCUGAUAAACUGAAACCUGGUGACCUUGUCGGGGUCAACAAAGAUAGCUACUUGAUCUUGGACACUCUUCCAUCAGAAUAUGAUUCACGAGUAAAGGCAAUGGAAGUUGAUGAAAAGCCAACAGAAGACUACAAUGACAUAGGAGGCCUUGAGAAGCAGAUCCAAGAACUUGUCGAGGCAAUUGUGUUACCAAUGACCCACAAAGAUCGUUUCCAGAAAUUAGGGAUUCGUCCUCCUAAAGGAGUGCUUCUGUAUGGACCUCCUGGAACUGGUAAGACUUUGAUGGCUCGUGCAUGUGCUGCACAAACAAAUGCAACUUUCUUGAAGCUGGCAGGUCCUCAACUAGUUCAGAUGUUUAUUGGUGAUGGUGCAAAACUUGUCCGUGAUGCCUUUCAACUAGCGAAGGAGAAAUCUCCCUGUAUAAUUUUUAUAGAUGAAAUAGACGCAAUAGGGACCAAACGUUUUGACAGUGAAGUGAGUGGAGACAGGGAGGUGCAACGGACAAUGCUGGAAUUACUUAACCAACUUGAUGGUUUUAGCAGUGAUGAACGCAUAAAGGUUAUAGCAGCAACAAAUCGUGCUGACAUUCUAGAUCCUGCUCUUAUGCGUUCUGGACGUCUAGAUCGCAAGAUAGAGUUUCCGCAUCCAUCCGAAGAGGCAAGAGCUCGAAUAUUGCAGAUUCACUCGAGGAAAAUGAAUGUGCACCCUGAUGUGAACUUUGAAGAGCUGGCUCGGUCGACUGACGAUUUCAAUGGGGCACAACUUAAAGCAGUCUGUGUAGAAGCUGGCAUGCUUGCCCUGCGUCGAGAUGCAACUGAGGUGACACAUGAAGAUUUCAACGAAGGGAUAAUCCAAGUUCAAGCGAAGAAGAAAGCCAGCUUAAAUUAUUAUGCUUAGUUUAGUUCCUCGUGCUAUAUACCCUGUGAUCCACCUCAUUCCAAUCUUCCCGAGUCUCUUAUUUUAUUCUGAUUCACCAACAGCAACAGUUCUGAUCAUACCCUUAUUCGAGACCUUUUUUUAGUGGUCAUUCUCUGCACUAUUUAUCAAAGGUAGCGACUCAUCAUUUUAACUUGAGUUGUAUGUGAGGCUCAAUAUAGUUGAUCUUAUACCAUUACGCA